AUGCAAAUCUUCCAUCUCGUCUUAGUUGUACUGGUCGUGUCAUUCGAAUGUCACAACUCAGUGAUUGCAGAACCAGCACCAGACAGUCAGGGUGGUUGUUGUCCUGGUGCAUGUCCUCAAUGCCCUAGAUGCUGUGGAUGUCGUGGAUGCCAAGGUGGAAACUGUUAUGGAGGCUGCUGCAGAAACUGUCGUCGUGAUUAG